AUGAGCCCGAGUGUCCCAGGCCAAGGGCUGACCAAGGGAGGGAGACAACCCAGUGAGAGGGACCACCCCGAGAGAGCCGACCUGGAAAGAGCUGAUCCAGAGCAAGAAGGGGUCUGGAACAAAAAGACUGAAGAUACUCAUCCUGAAGCUGCAAAGGAAGAGAACGCAGAGUAUGUAGACAAGGGUGAUGUGCUGCCCAGUCCCAGAAACCUAAACCAAGAGCCCUCAGUACCAGACGCCGAGCACAGGGACGAGCCCCAGACCACUAGAAAACAAAGAAGUGGCAGCGAGCACCAAAUGAAAAAUAGCCUAAAAAGCAUCAAUUUCCUUUCGCUGCACAAUAAAGCAGGUUUGGCUUCUGCUAACCAUGAUGGCGACUCUGGAAGCAGUGGCAGAGAAGAGUCCAGCUCUGAGCAUCACCAGUUAAGGAGGCAUGAGAAACACGGCAAUGUGGCCAGUCGACAUGUUCUGGGCAAUGCAGGAAAUCCACUGGAUGCUCUCAGUCUUGAUCGUGAGCAUAACACAUGGAAAUAUAAUAAAAACACAGUUGGCCUAUCUGAAGACAACCAUGAAAGUGAUGAAGAAGAAGAUCUGGAAGAAGAGAAUGAAGAAUGGGGUGAAGAAACUGAUUACAGAGAGAUGAAGCACAAAGGCCACUGGAUAAAUCAAGGUUACCCAUAUGAAAGACAGCAAAAUGAAAACAGGAUGCAAGCUGAUGGAAUCCCGAGAGAUUCCAGCCAACCAAUCCGGAUAACCAAGAGACAUGGUGAGAAAUUUGACCUAGAAGAAGAGAAGAAGGACAGCCAGAAGAAGCACCGUAACAAAGAUCAGGAUGACAAAGAGCAAAGCCAAGAAAGGACAGACAAUAUUCAAGAAAACUAUCAGAGUGACCAUGACACAGUGGUGAAAAGACAAGAUGUGGAGGACAGUAGGGUUGAUGAUGGUCACGAGAGCGGUGAUGUUAAUGGUGAGGAAGAUCUCAGCAACUCCCAGAAAGAAGCAGACUAUGAGGAAGAGGAGAGAAGCCAGAGCAAUGACCAGGAGAGCACCAGCACUGAGCAGGAAGGGGAGGGAACCACCGAAGAUGACACUGCAGUUCACAGAGACACCCAGGAUUAUCAAUAUGUCAAGAUUAAAGACGUUAUUCACUUUGAACAAGACGAUUAUGAUCAUGAGCCACCUAAUUCUGACAGCGAGCAACAACUGGAAACAAGAAGCUCUGUUCAGAGCAUGGUUUCAAUGGAACAGGAAGAUAAGGUUAAGACUACAGGUGGUUCCCAUGGCGAGAUGGAAAGCAGAGGCAACAGGAGCGAGAAGGCUGUCCUGGAUCCAUGCAGGAACUUCCACUGUAAAAGAGGUAAAGUCUGCCACGUGGACAAACACGGUAAACCCAGCUGUAUUUGCCAAGACCCCUCUGCUUGCCCUGCCACCAAAGACUAUGAGCAUGUUUGCGGUACAGAUAAUAAGACUUAUGAUGGCACAUGUCAACUCUUUGGCACCAAAUGUCAACUGGAAGGGACAAAAAUGGGACGCCAGCUGCACCUAGACUAUAUGGGCUCCUGCAAAUACAUCCCCCACUGUACUGAUUACGAAGUGGAUCAGUUCCCCCUCCGGAUGCGAGACUGGCUCAAAAACAUCCUUAUGCAAUAUUACGAACGUGAUCUGGAUACUGCUGGAUUUCUAACGGAGAAGCAAAGGAGUAAGGUGAAAAAAAUCUACCAGAAUGACAAGCGCCUCGGGGCUGGUGACCACCCAGUGGAGCUGCUCCUGCAUGACUUUGAGAAAAACUACCACAUGUACGUGUAUCCUGUGCACUGGCAGUUCCAUCAGCUUGAUCAGCACCCUGUUGACAGGUUAUUAUCACACUCAGAGCUAGCACCUUUGCGAGCCUCCCUGGUUCCCAUGGAACACUGCAUAACCCGGUUCUUCCAAGAGUGCGACGGAGACCGAGACAAACUCAUUGCUUUGAAGGAAUGGUGCCACUGCUUUGGGAUUAAAGAAGAAGACAUAAAUGAAAAUCUCCUGUUCUGA